AUGGACACAGACACAGGCAUGCACCAAAACCAACACAACAACCAACAGUUCAAAAUCCAACACAACAACCAACAGUUCAAAAUCCAGCACAACAACAACAACCAACAGUUCAAAAUCCAGCACAACAACAACAACCAGCACAGCAACCAACAGUUCAAAACCCUGCACAACAACAACCACAAACAGAGCAAGGACAUAAAAGAAGUAGAGAACAAGGAAACCAAGAAUUCUUAA